AUGCACCUCUCCUCCUGGGGGCUAUGGCCCUUCCUGGCCUCGCUGGUCUACCUUGGCGCUGUUGCCGACCCUGCUGGUGUACUAGAAGUCGACCUGGUCUUCCCACGCAACGAGACAUACGCGCCCACACCCUAUAUGCCGAUCGUGUUUGGUUUCCGAAACGGCGAGCUUGCUCGGCGUCUCAAUCCAGAGAUUCUCGUCACAAUGCGCAACUCGACAGCCCUCGGGGACAUCAGCAGUUACAUUGAGACUCCAGUGACUGUGAACUGGACUAGCAACGAGCCCAACUUCGUGUACACCGUCUUUCAGAACGAGUUCGCGAUCGAGGGGACGUGGUGGAUCGCAUGGGAUGUGUGGUGGACAACUUGUAAGGUGGAGGAUGAUGGGCUUAUCCACGGCGAUAUCACGCGAAAUCACUCCAGCCGGUUGUCCGACUUCGUCAUCAAGAAGGGCGGGAAAGCAGUCGACUUGGUGGCUAUAACAGCCAACGACAAGACCUGUCCUGAGACACUGGGGAUCACCAUCAACGUUACCGACACGACCGCACCCAUUAGUUUCGCAAACCAGCCAGUCCCAUUACGCGUCUCCUAUCCACGAUUGGAAACGUGCGCGUUGGUAGCAUCCUCUACCCCGACCGCGAACCCCUGCUUGGUCCGGAUCGACUCUACCGCUGCUGCAGCCAUCUCUGCGUCGGCGAAAUCCUGGCAAUGCAUCUUGGAUCGGACACCGGACUGCCCAGACAGAUGGAAGAAGAAUACCGCCCAGCAGCUGGCUGUUGCGGGGGCGGCGUCCUUUGCAGCUGCGCUCGGAGCGUUUGGGUUUCUUCUUCUAGCAUGA